AUGCCGAGCCCCCCGCGCGGCGGCGGCGGCGGCGGCGGCGGGAGCCCCGGCCCCGCGAUAAAAAGGGAAGGGGCCGGAGCCGCCUCCCUCGCUCGCUCCCGCCCUCCCGCAGGAAUCCCGGGCGGCGCGGCGGCACCCGGGACGCGCGGCUCCCCCGGGCUCUGCGCGGCGGCGGAGCCGCGCCGGCGAGGAGGAGCCGCCGCCUCAUCCUGCGGCACCGGCCCGGCCGGCGCAGGUGGCAGUGUAGAAGCCAAGAACAAAAAUUGGCAGAAAUUGUGUUCUGUGUACAAGAAUAUGAAGAGUGUACUCAUGACUAAGCACAGGAACCUGGAAAACCACAGGCUUUAGUCAGGUGAUCCCUGAUGAGUAGCCAGCCCACCAAGAAAGGACUUGAGCACACAGGUAAGAGAGAAGCUGUGUACUCUUACAUGCAACUGGGGGGUCUGGGUAAAAAGGUGAACAGCUCUAAAAUUGUUCGAAUAGUUAAAAAAUCCUCACUUGCUUGGAUGUGUAACACUGAUUGUCUCUUUCAAUGCUGCUACUUCUACUAUUCAGCCUUGUUCUUGAUUUUUGUUUUAAUCUGUCUUUAAUUAGAAGCUUUAUU